AUGCUUUUAUUUCAAGUUUUAAUUACAACUUUAUUUUCGGCACCUUAUUCUGCUUUUAGUCUUUUUUAUAUAAUUGGUUUAACUAUUCUUGAAUAUAGACUUCCAACAUCUGGAAAAGCUAUUUUUAAUUUUGCUUAUGAUCGUUUUAUAAUAUUUUAUUAUACAAAUCCUGUUAUUAGAUUUUAUAUUUCUACAUUAUCUGGUUCAAAAUUUCUUAGUGAAAUAAAACAUUGUAUUAAAUAUGGAUUUGCUUUUAUUUUAAGCCCUCCCCCUGUCAAAAAUCGAUUUUCUGAUUUUUAUAUGGUUGGAUAG